UUUCAAGACACUUAAAAUACAUUUCUGCGUCAAAAGGAGUUAAAAAAUUUAUUUUUCAUUCCACCCGAAUUCGGAUCCACUGUCGAUCAUUCUCCCAAUGUUCAGAAACAUUUCAGGCUAUCCCAAAGCGAUUUUUGCUGCUCUCCCGUCUUGAUGUGCAUUCGUUGUUUUAAAGGUUUAUAUAGGAAGAUAUACUACAGUUCUUAAAAACAAAACAAAAAAAUCAGUCCUGCCCAUCCAAGUUAUUCCAGGCGUCUGCGACUCUUCUGUCACUGCCGGAGGAACUUCCGACGUCUUGCCUUCGGCUGCGCCUUCGCCUUCGCCGGGGAACAAGAACGACUGGAACAGUCAGCGAAGGAAGCUGUUUCCGGAGGAGCUCCCUGGUUGACGGACCUGGUGUCCAAGCCAACGUGGCUCGGGCGAGAAGGACUGCCGGCGGGGCGGGAGGAUGUUUCCGACCCGGCGCAAGUUUGAUAUGUAUCGACGUCCGGGAGGCAGGUCCUGUCAGCUGCUGGGCAUCCUACCCUGGAAAUGCUCUCUCUUUCAGCUCUUCUUUGUUGCUCUGUUGCUGGGUUUCCUUUCCCUGUUGUGGCUGCAGCUGAGUUGUUCAGGUGAUGUAGCUAGAAGUCAAAGAGCUGAAGCAACAAGACUGAAAAAACCUUGCAUAUCUGAGCCUCUUCCUCAGCUUCCUGAUGACCCAUCAUGGGGACCCCACCGCCUUGCAGUAUUGGUGCCUUUCCGAGAGCGCUUUGAGGAACUGCUAGCUUUUGUACCCCACAUGCAUCGCUUCCUCAGCAGGAAGAAAAUUCGCCAUCAUAUCUUCAUACUCAACCAGGUGGAUCAUUUCAGAUUUAACAGAGCAUCUCUGAUCAACGUGGGCUUCUUAGAAAGUGGAAACGACACAGACUACAUUGCUAUGCAUGAUGUGGACUUGUUACCUCUCAAUGAGGAAUUGGACUACAGCUUCCCAGCUGCUGGCCCUUUCCACGUGGCAUCUCCUGAACUGCACCCUCUUUAUCACUAUAGCACCUAUGUGGGUGGCAUCCUGCUGCUUACCAAACAACACUAUCGACUGUGUAAUGGAAUGUCCAACCGCUUCUGGGGUUGGGGUCGGGAGGAUGAUGAAUUCUAUCGCCGCAUCAGAGGAGCUGGACUUCAACUCUUCCGGCCCUUAGGUAUUACAAGUGGAUACAAAACAUUCCAACAUCUGCAUGACCCAGCUUGGCGCAAAAGAGAUCAGAAACGUGUUGCUUCCCAAAAGCAGGAGCAGUUCAAGGUGGACCGUACUGGAGGCUUGAAUAACCUUAAAUACCGAGUGGAGUCACGGACUCUGUUGAGUGUGGCAGGCGCUCCCUGCACAGUCCUCAAUAUCUUCCUAGAAUGUGAUUCCAGUGAGACACCCUGGUGCACAUUUGGUUGAGAGACCUCCUGCUCAGACUGCCCUUAUUGUAUUGCCGCUGGAACAGUAGCAGCUACAACUGGUUGCCAGAAUUGCAGCUGGACUCAGUGAAGGCACAUCCUUCUGCAGGAACCAGCAACAGGGACUCAGAUGUUCACAGGUCAGAUGGUUAAAAAUGGACAUGAGGAUCUACAUGUUUUGAUAGUAUGUGGAAAAGGUGUUGCCUCUUACAUGUGGCAAUGAAUGCACAGGAUACUGGCAAAAUUCAAGGUGUUGAUUCCCCACUCAACCUGCCUGUUAUCCAGAAGCAUGUUGUUUUGGCUGCCUGUAUCUGAACAACUGAAGGAAACCAGAGACUAAGAGACAUGACUGUGAUAAAAUUCUUCUCUCUCUACCAGCCAGGGCACCCAAUUCCCAGGUGGUAAGGGAAGACUAGGGCUGUAAACUUGUUUGGGAGAGAGUUUUGCCCAGACUGAUGCUUACAGAACUUUCUCUUGCCAAAUCAAUAUGUUGUUAGCUUCUUGGAUGUUUGCUUCUCUUAUGAAAAAAUACAGAAACACCUCCAGUGGAAACUAUACACUCCAACUUUUCCUCUGGAGCAGAGGACUACUAAAUGGACACUCUCUGGCUCUAAUACUGUAUCAUAAUCACCAACUACCUUAGAUAAGACCAUCAUGGAUGGAAUCUUGCUCUUGGGAGUCUUGGAGAUGGCUAAAUCUGUUGGCUCAAUGCAAUAAAGCCAUUAAAGUCA